AGAAAGGUUGUAUUUUUAUUCAUAGAUGUUGACAAGAAGUGUGUAACCUAAAUAGAAAGAACUUUUUGCAUUUAAUGAUCUAUACCUAGGCUAUAGGCUAUUGCUUGAAAGAACUUCUGCUGAGGAAAUAUAGGAUGCUUCGAAAUCAAACAAUUAAUAACAAGGAUUUAGCAGUAAAAGAUUUAGAUCAUAAAGCUUGGAGAACAAUUAAAUUACCUAUUUUAGAAAAAAGUAUUUUGAAGUAUCUGCGAAGCCAUUGCAUUGUUGAUAAUGUGAAAUCAUUGCAUUGGUGAUAAUAAUAAUAGAAUGUCUAAUAGAAUGCAAAUAGAAUUUACAGAAAAAAGAUGUGCAUGUGUUUUAAUGGAUAGUAUAAUUGAAUGUAUGUAUAAUUAGAAGCUUUAUGCAAUUGUGAUACAUUAUAUAGAAGUUUAAUAGCAUCAACCCAAGAUAUUAUGAAGUUAUUUGAUUGCACUAAAUACCAGGUCGAUACUGCUAGAAGGUGGAAAUCUUCAAGUGCUUCAUUGUUAUUACCAAUGCAUCAGGUCCACAAACGACUUAAGCUUGAUAAUAAUAAGUGUGAACACUUCCUUGAAUUCAUCUUCAAUAGUGGCUUGUUGCAAGAUGUAGCAUAUGGUGUAUCACAUAUCAAGUUUGAUAGUGGGAUUGUUCAAAAAGUUGCCAAUGCAGUUUUGACAACAAAGUAUAGCCAUGCUGUUACUUUGUAUCUAAUGCACUGCAAAACUAUUGGAUACCAUAGCUUGUCAGAAAGUUCGUUAUGGAGAAUACUAAAAGCAGUUAAACCUUCUAAAAAAAAAGUUUAGGUAAGUU